AUGGACGAUUUCCUCAGCGAAGCUACUGCAGACUAUCUCCGUCUGCUCUUUCGAAUUGUUAAGCCAUCCGAUUUGGCUAGACAUCGCUGGGUUUUGGAGACUGCAAUCUUCACUUCUGCUCUAACUAACGGGUUUUUUGGUCUGGUUGCAGCCUGCUCUAACGGACGGUGUCGGAUACUUGAUGAAUGUUCAUCAGAUGAAGAUUGUGAGGCCGGACUUUAUUGUUUCUCUUGUCCUGAAGGAUUUUCUGGGUCUAGAUGUGUAAGAUCAGCCAUUACUGAUCAAUUCAAGCUUCUGAAUAAUAGUCUAUCAUUCAACAAAUAUGCAUUCUUAACAACCCACAAUGCUUUUGCCAUCAACGAUGGAACUCCAAGGUUUACCUUUACAAAUCAAGAAGAUAGUGUGACUCAACAGCUUAAAAAUGGAGCACGAGGAUUGAUGCUGGACACAUACGAUUAUGAAGGAGAUAUAUGGCUCUGCCAUUCCUUUGGAGGAAAAUGCCACGAGUAUACUGCAUUUGGACCUGCAAUAAACACUCUAAAAGAAAUUGAAGCCUUCUUGUCGGCAAACCCAACAGAGAUUGUGACAGUGAUCUUAGAGGAUUAUGUUGAAACUCCCAAUGGCAUUACAAAGGUAUUCACUGAUGCCGGCUUAAUGAAAUACUGGUUUCCUCUAGCAAACAUGCCCAAAAAUGGAGAAGAUUGGCCUCUGGUAGGCGACAUGGUUGCCAAUAACUGGAGGCUGAUUGUCUUUACGUCUGUCGAGUCCAAGCAAGAAGCUGAAGGAGUUGCAUAUCAAUGGAAUUACAUGGUUGAAAAUCAAUAUGGAAAUGGGGGUAUGAAGGAGGGAAACUGUCCGAAGAGAGGAGAGUCAUCGGCACUAGAUGACAAGAGCAAAUCAUUGGUGCUGGUGAAUUAUUUUAGGACUACUCCUAUAAAGCAACUCACGUGUGGAGAUAAUUCUGGGGAGCUUAUUAACAUGCUUCGUACUUGCUAUGCUGCUGCUGGCAACCGAUGGGCUAAUUUUUUAGCUGUUGAUUUUUACAAGAGGAGUGAAGGAGGGGGGACAUUUCAGGGUGUGGAUACACUAAAUGGGAAGCUGUUAUGUGGAUGUGAUGAUAUCCAUGCAUGUGUGGUAAGUAAGAGUAUCCCUAUUUCUCCAUUAUAGAUAAUAUUUUUUUAGUUGAAUGAUUCGUGAGUUUACUCCUCUAAAAUAAAAAUGUGGGUUUAAGUUAUGGACUGUGCCUUUUUUUUUAGUAGUAUAACUGAUAAAAAAGAAAUCACACAAUAUGUUCUCUACAAAUUUUUAAACUAUGCAUAAUUAUAAAAUUAGAUAAGCUGAAAUGUA